GGUUUGCGCCUGUUUGAACGACGUACGAGCCUCACUGGGCGCAGCACAUCGUGGAGGACUUGCUUUGGUCGCUUAAGUAAUCCGUUGAUCGAAUAAACAGAAUGGGAAAGACGCAAUCGAAGCUUUCCCCCACCCAGCUCGAGGAGCUCCAAAAGGCCACACACUUUGAUAAGAAGGAACUGCAGCAAUGGUAUAAAGGUUUCCUUAAGGAUUGCCCUUCAGGGAAUCUGACCAAGGAGGACUUCCAGAAGAUCUAUCGCCAGUUCUUCCCUUAUGGGGACCCGGCCCCGUUUGCAGAUUAUGUAUUCCGUGUCUUCGAUUCCGAUAGGAGUGGCACGAUAGACUUCAAGGAGUUCAUCUGCGCGCUGUCGAUCACGUCCCGCGGCAAAAUGGAGGAUAAGCUGGACUGGGCGUUUCAACUGUAUGACAUCGAUGGUGACGGAAGGAUCAGUUAUGAUGAAAUGCUGGCGAUUGUGGAAGCGAUCUACAAAAUGGUGGGCAACAUGGUCAAACUACCGGAGGACGAAGAUACCCCUGAAAAGCGAGUAAGGAAAAUUUUCAACAUGAUGGACAAGGACGAGAAUGGCUCUCUCGAUCUGGAGGAAUUCAAAGAAGGCAGCAAGCGCGACCAGACCAUUGUCAGCGCCCUGUCUCUAUAUGACGGCCUAGUAUAAAGCUAGCCGUCCGGUUUUGAGCAUUUCUUCAUUUCUUCGUCUCUUUCUCCAAAUUCUCGUUUAUUCCCCCGGCUGUAUCUGAUCACUCCCAUUUUCCCCCGUUUGUGUCCAUUUGUGUCCAUUUGGGUAAAUAUUUCUUUACUCUGGAAGCCAGGGACCGCUUGCCCUGUCGUGUCGACUUCACCCUAGUCUGACGGUAAACCGAGCUGCUGUUCAAUACCUCGAUCCAAAUGAUCUGAAGAGUCUCUGGAGU